AUGGAUGUCAAAGGGAAAACCCUCGGUGGCCAAGCCGCACAUAUUGAACUAGCGCCUGCUGAAUACAAAAAGCUCUUGCGAAAGAUCGACUACCAUGUGAUCCCUAUGUUGACGAUUCUAUACCUUUUGAGUUUUCUCGAUCGAGGUACAUGGUGCGAACUGAAUAUGAUAGGAAACAUUGGUAACGCAAACGUCCAAGGACUUUCGACCUCGCUUGGAUUAGUCGGUAAUCAAUAUAAUUGGUGUUUGACAAUAUUUUUCUUCCCAUACUCGUUUACCGAGCCCUUGUGCAAUUUGCUACUUGUUCGACUCAAGCCUAGCAUAUGGCUCCCAUCCAUCAUGGUCGCUUGGGGUAUUGUGACAACUCUGACGGGAAUUGUCCAGAGCUAUACCGGACUGAUGGUGGCUCGAUUCUUCCUUGUUCCUGGUCUGGCGUUUUACGUCUCUCUAUGGUAUCCGCAUGCUGAUGCCCAGUUUCGGCUUGCUCUGAUAUUUGCAUCGGCGUCUAUGGCAGGCGCAUUUUCCGGACUCCUAGCAUACCUCAUUGGCAUGAUGGAUAAGGUUGGCGGUCUUGAAGGUUGGAGAUGGAUUUUCAUUCUGGAGGGAAUGCUCACAGUGAUUGUUGCCAUCAUAUCAUUCUUCUACGUCUGGGAUGAACCAGCCACUGCAAACUUCCUCACAGACCACGAAAAGGAAGCUCUACUGGAUGCCCUACAGCCCACUCGGAUAGCACAGUCAACAAACCCACAGCUUGGACACGGCCACUCUUUCAAGUGGAAACAAGUUAUGGCUGCGCUUCUCGAUUGGCAGGCGCAAGUCACCGCUGACAAGAUGUUUUGCAGACCAUCUUCCAUUGCUUGGGAUAUUGGGGAAUGGUUAGCCUGUGCUGUAUACGCCCUGUCAUUAUUUCUCCCCACAAUCAUCAAGGGUCUCGGCUAUACAGCUGCCCAUGCUCAACUCCUUACAAUCCCAGUCUACGCAGCUGCAACCAUCGCAUGUAUAAGCGUGGGAUACUUCUCCGACAAGACAGGCAAAAGAAGCUUUUUCACUUUCAUAUGUUACGGCGCUGUCAUGGUCGGGUAUCUGAUUGCCGUCGCUCCAGCCAAGUUCAUCCCAGGGCUAACGUACGCUGGGUGUUUUAUUGCGGCGUGUGGGAUUUAUCCGGAUAUCGCUGACUCAAGCCGAAUCAUAGCAAUCCCCGGCCUUCUCGUGUUGUCCUCAAAUAACUGGGCCCCGAAUGGCAAGCGUGCUGUCGGAAUGGCUAUCCAGAUGGGAUUCGGCACGAUGGGAGGCGCUGCAGCCUCGAAUUUCUAUCGCAGCUCCGAUGCUCCGCGAUAUCGCCUGGGCCAUAUAUUAGUGCUUGUAUUUGCUGUUCUUGGGCUGAGCAGCAUGGCAACAUACUACAUAAUCUGCACAAAGGUGAAUGCAAAGAGGGAAGCAGAGGCUGAUAGAGUCCUUCAAUAUACCGACGAGGAGUUGCUCGAUAUGGGCGACAAAGCACCGACUUAUCGGUACAAGCUAUGA